CAUGGUAUGUGGACUGCAGAGCACUAUGACGCUCCUAGUGUUGGCACCAGCAGCAGUCGAAGCCGUUGGAUCCGAUGCGAGACACCGAAAUCCCAGCAUGGACCAACGAGGACGAAGCACGCGACGUCAUUCAUUACCGCGGCAGAGCUUCGAGAGAGUCUCGAAAAGUUUGACGCAAAGCUGUCUACCCUUGAGUCUCUAGGUUCGACUUGUUCCAGCGUCCCCAAACUCGUAACCGACAAGGCCUUCAUCGAUCGUAUCAAGGACACGCUCGCAGGCGUGCGCGCACUAGACGGAGAUGCGGAGAAAUUCAGUGUUGCUGUAAAGUCGGCGCACUCAGUGGAGGCGGAAGAACUGCCGUCUAUGGAAAGCUCGGAAUUUCUGCACCACCAUUUGACGCGAAAAAUGAAACUGGCCGCUGCGGAUGCGUUACUAGACUGUCGAGGGGGCGCGG